GCGGCCAUGGCGGCCGGGAACAUCCGGGCGCUGAACCGCGCCGCGCUCGGGACGCGACCUCCCGCCGUCCCGCCGCCGAAGCCUCAGUGGGUCGAACCCGGGUUCCGACAGCAGCGCCGCUUCACCCUCCGCUCCACUGCCGAGGGAGACGGCGGCCGCCCCGCGCCUGGCUCGCCGGGCAGGCCCGAGGGAGCGGCGACGCGCCCGGCGAGCGAAGAGUUAACGGCGGCAGAGCGGCGGAUCGCGGAGCUGCACGCGGCCGCCUGCGCGGUGAGACGCCUGCGCGGCUGGCCAGCUAAACUAUGUGGAUCCAGCUACUGGCUAUGUGGUGCUCACACAGCUCGCCCACUUGCAGAGGGGCAAAUGCUGUGGCUCUGCCUGCAGACACUGUCCAUAUGGUCAAGUCAAUGUUAAAGAUCCAUCUAAAAAGAAGCAAUUCAAUUCAUAUUUUUAUGUUUGACAACAAUUUCAUCUCUCUUCUUUGUCUAGUUGAACUUGUAUUUUUAAAAAAAUAAAGCCCUAAUUGAGAAUUGCUUUCUGUGCUGUUAGUAUUUGAACACUAAUUUUAAAUACAUAUAUUAAAAGAACAUCAAUAAAAUGAAAAAUCUA